AUGAUGCGUCCGUCGCGCCUCGGAACCACUCUGGAGCUGCUGUGUGGCACUCACCACAGAGGAAGACAAAAGAAAGCCGUGUGAUCAGCUACUCCUGUGGCAUGUGUGUGUGUAUGGAAAUACCCCCCGACCUGUGCGUUGUUGCCACCACCUCGGGGACUUUUGGAGUGCUCGUGGCAAGCUCGACACAG